CGCGGUGUCCGGCCAAUGAGCGCGAGCGGCGGUGGCGGUGCCGCCGCCGCCGCCAAGAUGGAGUCGGUGGCGCUGGUGGCGCCGGUGACGGCGCUGGAGUUCGCGGGGGACGCGCUGCUGGCGGGCACGGGCCCGGAGGUGGUGGCGUUCCGGCUGAGCGGCGGCGGGCAGGCGGCGGCGGCGGCGGGGCGGCGGAGCGUGCUGCGUGAGGCCAGCGUGCAGGGGCUGCGGGCCGAGCCCGGCCCCGGCCCCGGCGGCGGGGCGGCGGUGCGGGUGGCGGCCUUCGGCGGGCGCUGGCUGGCGGUGCUGGCGGUGCGGCGCGGCGGGCCGGACGGCGGGCCGCGGCUGGCGGCCUGCGGCGGCGGGGCGGCGCGGGAGCUGGGGGCGCGGGUGUGGGAGGCGCGGUGGGCGGCGGGGCGGCUGGCGCUGGCGCUGGGCGGCGGGACCGUGGCGCUCUACGAGUGGCGGGGCGGCGGGCGCUGGCUGCGGCGGGCGAGCUGCGGGGCCGGGGCGCUGCGCUGCGCCGCGCUGGCGGGGAGGGCCUGGGCGCGGCUGGCGCUGGCGGCCGGCACGGCGGCGGGGACGGUGGCGGUGUGGCGGGCGGCGGAGGCGCGGGCCCCGCGGCGGAGGCUGCGCGGGCACCGGGGCGCCGUACUGGCGCUCUGCUACGCGGCGCCGCGGGGGCUGCUGGCCUCCGCCUCCGAGGACCGCAGCGUGCGGCUCUGGGCCGUGGGCGAGCUGGGCGACGGGGACGGCGGCUGCUGCCUGCUGGUGUGCUACGGCCACGGGGCGCGGGUGGCCGCCGUGGUGCUGCGGGGGCCGCGCCCGGUCAGCGCCGGGGAGGACGGCGCCUGCCUGGAGUGGGACGGCGGCGGCGGCGUGCGGCGGGCGCGGCGGGGGCACCGCGGGGCCCUGCGCGCCUUGGCCCUGCGUCCCGCCGGCGGCUGCCUCGCCACGGGCGGCGACGACGGCGGCGUCCGGCUCUGGCGGCCCGGGCGGGCGGCCCCGGCGGGCGGCGCUGGGGGCCCCGGAGCGGCCGCGGGCCGCGUGUGGCUGGGGCCGCGGGGGGGGGCGGGCGAGGCGGGCGGGCUGGCUGCCUACGAGGCGGCGGCGGGGCGCUGGGUGCCGGUGCUGCCCCCCGCCGCCGGCGGGGCCCGCGGGGCGCUGGCGGCCGCCCCCCUGCCCGGCGGGGACGAGGCGCUCUGCGCCCUGGCCGGCGGCGACGGGCGCCUCCUCCUCUUCGCCCUCAGCCGCCCCGGGGCCGCCGCCGGGCUGGGGCUGUUCGAGGGGCCCGUGCGCGGGCUGGGCUGGGCCCCCCGGCCCGGGCUGCCCCCCGGCGCCGCCGUCGCCCUCCUGGCCUCCGGCCCCGACGGGGAGAUGCUCUGGCUGGACGUCGCCCACCGGCCCGGGCAGGCGCCCCGGGCGCGGCUCACGGGACGGUACCUGCUGCCCCCCUGCAAGCAGCGCUGGCACACCUGCGCCGCCUUCCUGCCCCAGGGAGGGCUCCUGGUCUGCGGGGACCGCCGGGGCUCCCUCCUCCUCUUCCCUUGCGGCAGCUCCCCGGGGUGGGCCGCGGAAAGCGCCGGCGGCGAGGACUCCGGCAGCGGGUCAGAGCCCUCUCGCUUGUCGCAUAAAGAGGCUCUUCCCCUCGAGACCCCGCUGUCCGUGCUCUUCGGGCUCCACGGGAAGACGGGGGUUACCUCGGUGACCUGCCACGGGGACUACAUUUACAGCACCGGCCGGGACGGCUGCUACCGCCAGCUCCGCCUGCGGGGCCAGCAGCUGGAGGUCCUGCGCAAGCACCGGCCCUGCAAAGGGCUGCAGUGGAUCGAGGAGCUGCGCUUCGCCCCGGAUGGGGACCUCCUCGUGCUGGGCUUUCACGCCGACAACUUCGUGGUGUGGAGCAGCAGGACCGGCGAGAACCUCCACUGCGUCCCCUGCGGUGGGGGGCACCGCUCCUGGAGCUACUGCAGCAGCCCCUCGGCCGAGGCCUUCGCCUUCAUCAAGUGCGGGGACGUGAUGCUGUACCGCUGCGAGGCCGAGCCCCCUGAGCAGCAGGUGCUCCUGGCAUCCCUGCACGGGCGGGAGAUCGCCUGCGUGCGGCGCCUGGGGGCGGUGGAGGUGCCUGGCCGUGCCGCCCUUAACGUCUUCGUCACCGGCAGCGAGGACACCACGGCCUGCGUCCUGGCGCUCAGCGAGGGCUCCCGGGCGGCUGUGCCCCUCGCCCGGCUCAGCGACCACAUUUCCAGCGUGAGGGCGCUGGCGCUGGCCGGCCCCGCGGGACCUGGUGACGAGGGCUUCGGUGACGAGGGUUUGUCUGCCCUGCUCUUCUCUGCGGGUGGCCGGGCACAGAUCGAGUGCUACCGCCUGCUGUGUUCCAGGGACCCAGCCUCCGAGAGCGCUGUGGCCUGCCAGGUCAUCCAUGUGGCCUCCCACCGGCUGGACGAGCACUGGGAGCGGAAGAAGAACAGGCACAAGCUUGUCAAGAUGGACCCGGAGACGAGGUACAUGUCCCUCUCGGUCGUGCCUGGGACCAGCACCGAGCAGCUGCCGUUGCCCUGGAAGUUCCUGGCUGCUGCCUGCAGUGACGGAUCGGUCCGGGUCUUCGGGCUGCUGGAGGCCGCCCAGAAGCUGGUGCUGGUGGCGGAGUCGUUUCACCACCAGCGCUGUGUGCUGAAGGUGGAGGCAUUCCUGCACACGCGGGCAGGAGGGGAGAGGAGGCACCUCCUGUGCAGCGCAGCCACCGACGGCAGCGUUGCCUUCUGGGACAUCACCGGCCCCGUUGCGGACGCGGCGGACGCCCUGUGCCGAGAGGAGGGAGAGGUGCAGCCCCUGGCCCUGGGCGCCCCGCUGCUCACCGUCAUGGCCCACAGCUGCGGCGUGAACAGCCUCCACGUCCACGAGACGCCGGAGGGACAGUACCUGGUGGCCAGCGGCAGCGAUGACGGCUCCGUCCACCUCUGCCUGCUGGAGGUAGCCCCGGGCGGGGGCGAGACCGUGGCGGGGACCUGCCUGCGCGUCCUGGAGCGGGUGGCCAGGCCCUGCGCCCACGCCGCCCACGUGACGGGAAUCCGGGUGCUGCGGCCGGACCUGCUGCUCUCCGCCUCGGUGGACCAGCGCCUGACGCUGUGGCGCCGGGGCCCGGGCGGGCUGGACGCGCUCAGCACCACCUUCUUCCACGUGCCCGACCUGGCCGAGCUGGACUGCUGGGAGGUGGCGGAGGCCGGCGGGGAGCUGCGGUACUACUGCGUGCUCUGCGGGCAGGGCCUGGAGAUGCUGCACGGCGCGGCUCCCCCCGAGCCCCCUCCGCCGGAGGCUCACCAGUAACGGGGCAAGCGUGCUGUACACGCCGCUCUCUGCCCGCCUGGGGAGGGCACGCGGCACUUGUGUUCUGCCCAUCACAGCCUGCGUGCCGAUGUGUCCCCUCUUAAGGGGACGGGCGUGCCUGGCUCCUUCAGGGACAGCACAGCCACAUCGGGGGUGCUCGAGUCUGGUGGUCUCAGGGGAGAAGGCAGAUGUGACCCCUCCUGGAUAAGCCUGCAGUUCCCCAGGCAGUAAAGGAGGAGUGGGGUCUUCAGCCCACCCUGCCCAGGAGGAGUUCCUCCUCCCUGAGGUGUGAAGGACCCAUGUCCAGGCUUUCCAGCCCUGAUCCCAGAGAGGAACCUGCUCGGGAGGGUGCUGAGCACCGUGCCCAGCCCUGGGAGUUUGAGGGCAGCAGGAGGCCAAGACCAGUCAGGCACUGGUGUAGUGCGUGGCAAGCUGCAGCCUCAUGUUCCCUGGGACAGGGCCCUGCGUAACAGCCCUGACCCUGCAGUGCUGGGAACUGUGCUGAAAUAAGCAGGGGCACCGAUCCUCCGUAGCAGCACCCUGCAGGGCAAGGGGCAGCAGCCCAAGCCGUCCCCCCACCUCAGAGCAGCCCUUCAGCGCUGCCUCGAGCUGUUCCUGCGCAGCAGCACGCCCCGGCACCAUCAAAGCACAGGGAAGGACAAGAAGCUGCACGUGGCCCCAGCCCUGCAUGGGGCAAGGUGCUCUGCUGGGGUCAGACAUACUCAGCAUUUGUCCAGCAACAAGUGUAUUGGACCCCGGUAUCGGGGCCUGGCCCAGGGGCCAACAGGAACCUUGAGUCUCAGGAGCUCCCUGCCAGCAUGGAGCAACCUUCAAUAAAUGGCUUUGAGGGAAGCGA